UGCAUGCGCCACGUCCGUCUCAUAACACCCUCAAUGACAGUUUUGCAAACAUUUUAUAUGUUUCUUUGGUAACUCUGGUAGUUGUACUGUAAACCGACAGCAAUGCAGAGAGCCACACACACAGCUUUAACACUAUUUGAACGAUCGCAUGUGGUUCACCGUUGUUUGAGAUGCAGAGUUCCUCUGCAGCUGACCUCACGCGCAUACAGUAUAGUCCCGCCCCCGCGUGACAGUGAGGAGAAGGAGAUGCUGGACCGAAUCCUGCGUGUGGACCAUGCAGGUGAAUACGGGGCCAACCGCAUCUAUGCCGGCCAGAUGGCAGUGUUGGGUAGAUCUCAGACUGGACCGCUCAUACAGCAAAUGUGGGAUCAAGAAAAGAAACAUCUUGAAAAAUUCAAUGAAAUCCUGGCAGAGAACAGAGUUCGGCCCACAGCGCUGUUACCUCUCUGGAACAUCGCAGGAUUUGUAUUAGGGGCAUCGAGUGCACUGCUGGGAAAAGAAGGGGCCAUGGCCUGCACCGUGGCAGUGGAGGAGAGUAUCUCUGAACAUUACAACAGCCAGAUAAGAGCUCUGAUGGAGAAAGACCCAGAGAGAUACACUGAGCUCCUAGAAGUAAUAAAAGAGUUCAGAGAUGAUGAGAUGGAGCAUCAUGAUACAGGAGUAGAGCAUGAUGCUGAGUCAGUACCUGGAUACUGGCUACUAAAAAAUGCGAUACAGCUGGGCUGCAAAGCUGCAAUAUACGUCUCUCAACGUGUCUAACAUAUUUAAUGAGUUUCAGCCACUUUAAUUUUGAUAUGCUGUAUGUGGACUUGAGUUUUAUCUCAACCCUGUGCAACAACAUCCUGCCAAAAAUGACACAUACAAAUGUAUACUGGUAUUAAAAUACAGAUUUAUUUACUUUGUAUGGUGUUGGAAACAAACCUUCCUUCAUUAAAUGACACACAUUUACAGUGA